AUGCAAUUGAUUUUUCUUUUCAUUUUAUGUCAAUUUAAUUGUAAUUUUGAACUUUACAUUACCAAAUGCAUAUUUUUAAACAGCAUGAUCAAACUGCAAACUGAAGUAUUCAUUGAGAAUUGCAUGUCAUGCAUGAAUUAUGGGUGAAAGAAACUUCCAUACAAAGGGUGGCACGACAGAAGACUCACUUAUUCUCAUUUAUUGGUUACCAUGCCAAACAUGGCAGAAAAAUGUGAUUGCAGGUGUGACUUUGAUGAGUCUGACACUUCAUUUAAGACGCAGGUGUCACGCUUCCCGGCCUAAAAGUUAUUUCCGUGACAAUAGAGAGAGUUCUGACAGGACAUUCGACUUUUUCUGCCUGAAAUGCCUGUGGCGCCACCAUUCCAUGCGUUGCAUUUAUAAAACUAUGCUCCUCCAGAAUGUCUCGAAAGUACAAAAACCUGAUCCUCCUGUUUUCUUUUGCUGCGCCCUCUUACUGUAUGGUGCAAAUGAAAGCAAUUCCACUUGAUUGAGUUUGUAUGAGGAAGGGUUUCAGCUAAAAUACCAACACAAGUUGACAUGAUUACAGCAAAUGGGAGUCAACAGUUUCUGUGUCAUAUCGUGGGCCACUUGGUCUGAUGACUCGCAUAACAUCGACUUCACACAAAGCAAGGGUUUAUUGGAGGAUUCAAAAGAAUCUGCAUCAAGUUGGUCUUUAAUAACCUGUAAACACAUUUCUGUUUAAACGGACAUUUUGACACACUGCUUCUGUUUUUUUAGACAAACAUCUUAUGAAGGUCAAAAGCGUGUGUUUUUUUUUUUCGUUCUUCAGGGCUCCUCAGUGCAAAAACGUACCGUGAAUGUUUGUCUAGUGUCCUUCAUAGACAUGACGUUUCACGCCUCUUACAUUGACUGAAGGUUUCAUUGAAAAGGCAUUAUUUACACGUCUGUAAAUAGAGUCAAUGAGAAUCCAGUUUUAGAUGUAGUUUCAGGGGAUGAGUCAGUCAAAUGUCACCUGAGUAUAACGGCGGUUCAUCAGCAGAUGUUUUUGAGUUUGUGUAUUGUUUCAUGCUUCAUCGCGCCUCUGUCCCACGUGGUCAAGGCUUUCUCCACACAGCUGCUGAAUGUCUAUCCUGAUGGAAACUGAACAUACAAGCAUCUUCUGGUGUUUAAUUGAGCUGCGAGACUGAGUGCUCAGCAAACAGCAAGUGUCUGUGCUGCUGAUGUGAGUCCUCCUCACGCCUGUCGGGCUCCAGCUGUGCUGAAUCAGCUGUUGUUUCAAGACACAUGCAUGCAGUGCUGAUUUGCUUCUGCUGCAUGCAUGUCAUAAGCACGAUUGCCCUUUUUUAUAGUUCAUUUGCUCUGAGGAAUACAGACUUUGCGUUCAGCAAAAACAAAAGCCACGCCCCUAACCCCGCCCACAGCCUCCCGUGCUUUCAAAGGUGUCAGUUCGUCAUCACUUCCACUUCAGGGAAAGACCUGCUCCGAAUCAGCUCACCUGCCUGCACCUGAAGCCUCACACCAAUCAUGGCCUCAGUCUCGUCCAGCUCCCGCCUCAACAAGGUCGUGCGGCAGCAGUACAUGAGCCUGCCGCAGGGGCAGAAGUGCCAGGUCACCUACAUCUGGGUCGACGGAACCGGAGAAGGACUCCGCAACAAGACAAGGACUCUAGACGCAGAACCAGCGGGCAUUGAAGACAUUCCUGAGUGGAACUUCGAUGGAUCUAGCACCUACCAGUCCGAGGGCUCCAACAGCGACAUGUACCUCGUCCCCGUCUCCAUGUUCAGGGACCCUUUCACCCUCGACCCCAACAAGCUGGUCCUCUGCGAGGUUCUCAAGUACAACCGCCUCCCAGCUGAAACCAACCACCGCCACCGAUGCAACGAAGUGAUGAAGACGUUGGCGGAGUACAGCCUGUGGUUCGGCAUGGAGCAGGAGUACACACUCCUGGGACUGGAUGGACAUCCUUUCAGCUGGCCCACCAACGGGUUCCCAGCACCCCAAGGUCCAUAUUACUGCGGGGUGGGGGCAAACUGUGCGUACGGGCGGGACAUCGUGGAGUGCCACUACAAGGCCUGCCUCUACGCCGGAGUCAAGAUCUCUGGCACCAACGCUGAGGUCAUGCCUUCUCAGUGGGAGUAUCAGGUGGGACCCUGUGAAGGAAUCCACAUGGGAGACCAUCUGUGGGUGUCGCGCUUCCUCUUGCACCGCGUGUGCGAAGACUUUGGGGUUCUGGCAACAUUGGACCCCAAACCCGUCAAAGGCAACUGGAACGGAGCCGGAUGUCACACCAACGUCAGCACCAGGCAGAUGAGGGAAGAGGGGGGGCUGCAGCACAUUGAGGCGGCCAUCGAAAAACUGGGCAAAAAUCACAAGAAGCACAUCAGCACCUACGACCCUCACAACGGCCAGGACAACAUGAGGCGCCUGACCGGCCUGCACGAAACCUCCAGCAUCCACGACUUCUCGGCUGGCGUGGCUAAUCGAGGCGCCAGCAUUCGCAUUCCACGCCAGGUGGGCAAAGAUGGGAAGGGUUACUUCGAGGACCGGCGUCCGGCAGCAAACUGCGACCCUUACCUGGUGACAGGGAUCAUUGCAGAAACCUGCCUGUUGGAGUCAGAAGAGAGCUCGUAGAAGAAGAGGACGCGUGUCUGUGGCUCUCUAAGUGAUCUUUUGCUGCACGUGUAUAAUCUAAUAGUUUACAAGAAAAAAGAUCAUGUCCAAAAUAAUAAAAUAACUUUUUACAACACCAGAGACACAACACUGCCUUUUACAGUAGCAAACGUGGGACAAUUAAAGAGACAUAAACUGAACAAAGACGGGACAAAAAUGGACAAAUCUUUACUCUUUAAUCAAAAUCUCUUCUUUGUUUGUUGUGUUGCUGAAACAAGGAAAGACAACUGCAAUAACUCACUCAAGAAGUGGAGCGAUGAGAAGCAACCUCAGUGUCAGAUCAUCUGAUGUUGCUCAAACAUGUUCACACUCAUGGUUUCUCGUUAGCAGCUUCUCAAGCCGCUUAUGGCGAAAGUUUAUGUUUCUUUAUGUUUUUCAUGUCACAAUAACAUCCACAGAUUUACCCCUAUUUUUCUAUUUAAGUCUUUAUCAAGUUCUAGUGUUUUAUUUUGUGCUAAUCUUUUGGUGUUUUGCAAACGUUUCAGCCUUACAAGUUGAGAAACAGAGCGAUUGACAAACACACACACAAACCAGCUGCCAUGUAUUUUGUUUUGGGGUUGUUUAUUUUUGUUAUUUGUGUGCAACCAUGCACAGAUUGAACAGCAUAUCUGUGAAAAACUGUUAACGACUAAAAGAUGGAACCUCAUCUUUAUGCUGCACAGGAUUCAUCUUUCUAGAGUGAAUGAAUCACAAAAUACCAGUGAUAUAUAUUUUUAUUAUCUCUUUGCUUCUUUUAUUCAUGAAUAUCAUAGUUACACAUUAUGAAUUCAUUUAGAAACAUUUGAAUAUAAAGAAACUUAAGAAAAACUAAA